AUGUUCACCAAGGCUAUUGUCAUCUUCUUCGCCGGCCUGGCCGCUGCGCAAAAGCAUGCUCCCGUUGGCGAGCCCAAGGGCAACCCCAUCUCCAAGCCUUUGAACGAGAUUGUCCCCGCCUGCAAGCCCUUUACCAUCACCUGGGAGCCAACCACCCCCAACACCGUCUCCAUCUUGCUCCUCAAGGGUCCCUCCACCAACGUAGUCAAGUUUGGUCCUGCUCUCGCUGAGGGUAUCGCCAACAGCGGAACCUUGAGCUGGACCCCUUCUUCCGACCUCGAGGAGACCGCUACCGCUCAGGGUUACGGAAUCCAGAUCAUCGACGAUGUCACUGGCCAGUACCAAUACUCCACCCAGUUCGGUAUCUCGAAGAAAGAAUGCGGUGCCGCUUCCAGCGCUCCUGUCUCCACCCCCGCUGCCAGCACUCCUGCUGCCAGCACUCCUGCUGCCAGCACCCCUGCGCCCGUCACGAGCACCGCCGCCGGCGCCACCCCCAUGGCUCCUCACCCAACCACCACCAUCUGCACCACUGCUGGCCCUUACGCAAACGCCACCGUUGUUGUUCCCGUUGGCACUGGUUCCAUGACUCUUUCUCCCUCUGCUUCCAUGCCCGGCAACGCCACUACCUCGCACCCUCCCGAGGUCACUGUCAACGCCGCCUCUGGUGUCCAGGCCGGCCUCACCUUCGCCGGUGCCGUUGCCGCCAUGGCCAUGAUGAUCUAAGCAGUCUCCCCGACUCGUUGAAAUCUCGCACUACUGUCUUGCUACAUUUCUACGUCCUCUCGGAACUCUACAUCAUGAUUCUGAUUUCUUAACAUACCUCCCUCCGGUUGAUUUCGUUUGGGUAGAUACCAUUUUGUGUUUGUUCUUUGUCAAGGUUGACGGGUGUAAAUCUUUAGUGGAAUGGAAAUGCGAGACUUUUGCAUAGCUGCUGGCACCAUGCGCUACUAAAAGAGAUUAUUGACUCGUCUCAUGCUAAUGAAACUUAUACCCUCUUUGUCA